AUGGGUCGUCGACAUGGCGACCCCGGCUGCACACUGCCUCUGGGACUCGAGGCCGGUCGUCCCGUCCGACUGAUUGCGAUGCGGAUUAAUCCACUAAUUGAUGGCCACAUGCAAAAAAGCCUCGUUGGCAUUUUGACUCUACUUUUGCCUGAAGCUCUGCUACCUGUCUUUUCACCUGUCACCCGAAAGAGUCGCAUUGCAUGUUGCUUCCUGUGCUGUUGUCUUUCCACUCUCUUCUCUUGUGUCACUUCGACUCUCGCGAAAGCAACAAACCGUGAACACGUCCCGGCAUUAUUGCAUUCAACACCGGUUGCUCAUCUGUCGAUCACUCCUGAAUACUUCCGGGCACGUAUUUUCCGCAUCUACACAAUUGUCCAUCUCUGUUGCCGGGGCGAGAGUGAUGCCUCGAAAAUCGGUAUAAUCUCCAGUUAUGCCAGCAAUGGCACUGAAUGCUACCGAAACGGCUUAGCACAGCACAGGCCGAUAUUCCUGCGGGCCUGGGAUCUCAACCGACGUCUUGGGAGACUGUUGGUUCAAAUGGAAAUGAGUGGAUAUGAAAAGAGUUGGCGAAAAAUGGAGGUCGAGAGGCCAUUUUGUCGAAAGCCGAAGCCGAGACCUGCUUGCCGACUGAGCCCCAGUCUGACUGGCGGUCUAAGGGGGAUUCGGACCUGGGGCUUUAGGGCUAGAAGUGGGGAGUGUAACAUUGGUGUAAAACCAUUCACAUCUUUCUUGAAGAGUUUAACAAAGUCUGAUUUGCCUCGAAAGGAUGUCAUAUUUGCUCCUAGCACCCGCAUUUCUACAGUUAGAAUUCCAUGA